UCUCAAAGUCAUGGAACUGGUGCCCCUCGAGCCGUUUGACGGUCCACCAACUUUUGCAAUCUCAGAUCCGCGCAAAAAAGUCGACAGUGGUCUACUAAAUCUACUAUUCCCGAAAAUGACCACGCUCUCAAUCUCGGAAAACGAGUAUUGCAGCGGGUUUCCCUUCAGGAUUAUGUCCCCUUCCUCGAGCUUCCCUUGGACACCUUCAAGGUGAAUGGAGCCUGCAGUCUCUACGAGGACGGCCUGGAGCAGCUGCCUCAGAAACCCAGCUUCCGCGUUUCAAACCUAAUGCUGUCAAUGUGUUGCAUCGCCGAUACGUGCCUCAAACCAUUUCUGCGGGGUUUCACUGCGCUAAAAUCCCUCCAUUACGAAGCCCUUGCCAUGGAAACCGACGAGAACUUUACCCCAGCACGACUCAUCGAUGCUCUGGAGUGCCAAGCGGAUACUUUGGAGAGUCUACACAUCGGCUUUGGGCAGUGCUCCUGGCUUGCGGAUGCGGAUGCGGACAGUCUCCUACAUAACCGGUUCAUCAGGAUGCCAAAAAGCCUUCUAAAAGUCCCGUCACUCGCCCAGUUUACCAAGCUGAAGCAUCUCGGCAUCCAGACCGAUCGCCUUGGGACCCUGCGGAACCUACCACCAAACAUCGAGACGCUGUGUCUUCGCGAAUCAUACUACUUCGAGAAGUCAUAUAUAGCCAUCGUAGCAGAAGAGUACCUCGAACAGCUUCUCUCUAUAAAGGCGUCUUGUCUGGAAAUCCGAUGCGUCUUGAAAGGCACGGGGGCCGCCUUAUCGAUCUCACCGGUCUGGACUACCAGCUAGCGUUUCGAUUCUCGCCCCAACCGUGGGUGUUUGCGUCUUACGAGGAGCUUGAGGAGAAUAUCA